AUGGUCAGACAAGCUGCCAAGCCACUUGAUGUCAGCCUGGAUCCAAGGGUGCAAGAGUUUGAAGGCUUUGCCUAUGUCUCCAAGCGCAAACCACGACAUUCUCACUCCAAGAAACCCAAAAAUGGAGAUCUUGAGGCCAGGUCGAUGGCCAAAUUGUUCCUGGAAUAUUCAUUCCCAGUAUUUGAGUGUAACUCCAAAGUAAGUAAAUAG